ACCGGAGGUUUCCCGCCCGGAUGAUGCAUGUGAUGUCAAAGAGGGGUUUUUUAACAAUGACCACUACGAACGAAGGACCAACGACGGUGAAGGAAAAGAAGGAGUAGGAGUAGGAGCGAAUUCGGACGGAAUCGAAUGAUUUCGAGAUCGAGAAUGAGACAAAGGGGAGCACUUAGACAAUUCACUUUGAGUACAGGGAAGUCUGCUGGUAGGAAUUCUUCAGGGCGUAUUACGGUUUUUCACCGAGGGGGUGGAUCGAAGCGAUUGCAGCGAAGAAUUGAUCUGAAACGAAGCACUUCGUCUAUGGGCAUUGUAGAAAGGAUAGAAUAUGAGCCUAAUCGUUCUUCUCGGAUCGCUCCAGUACGAUGGAUUGAGGGGGUCAGCCCGAGGAAAUUGAACACGAUAGAGGAGUUCGCUCCGCCGCCUAAGAUCCUCGAACCUACCACGACCACCAUCCGCGGCCUAUUUUCGUUCUCUUCCCUGCCCGGAAAGGAUGAUAAAAUAAAGGUAGCUCUCUGUCUUUGCUUUUUUAAAUCUUUCACGCUAUUGUUGAUAAGUCAAGGCCUUGGGGCCUGGGCCUUGACUUGGUGCCCCCUAUGCUUUCCAUUUGUGGACUUGAUGGAUUUUAUCCUUUCAACCAUGGAUGGACUUCCUCUUUCCUUCGGAGGAAAUGGGAGUGGUGGUACUAGCUCAUCGAAGGGGUUAGAUUUUGAUCUCAAUUUGCCCCCUCAAACAGAUCCGGAACCCGCGCCCCCUGAACCAUCCUCGGAGGAGGAAGAAAGUCGAAGGGAACGGGAGCUUCGGGCCUCAAAAGAAUAUAAAGCUGUCGAAAGGCACAACGAGAAGCGUGACAGAGGCAUCAAAGAGAUCGGCCAACGAGCGAAGGAAAUCGCUCAGGAGAGGGGAUUUAGCCCCGGCAAAUGCGAUGCGGUGGAAGACGCCGCAAACUAUGUGGCCUUGCAGGCCGAAGACUUAGAAGAAAAGAAACAGCUCCCCUUUCUUAAGAGGACAAAAGGGAGCCUAAAUAACUGGAACAGUUACACCUGGCGUGAGAUCUUAGAUCAUGUCAAAAAAUGGCGACCAGGAGACUAACUAUAUUCUAGUGCUUUGAGGACCCAGAAAAGGGGAAGGACCUUGCACACCCCACAAAGGAAAGGGCUCGUCGAAGGAGAUGCAUUUCAGGUACUGGUAGUACUGGACAAGCUCUCAGGG